UUUCUGUGAUUAGAGCAUUAGAAGACAUAAAAGUUAUGGUUUCUGUGACUAUAGCAUUAGAAGACAUAGAAGAUAUUGUUACUGUGACUAGAACAUUAGAAGGUAACUUUCAGGGGAGGCCACUGCUGAGAAUGUUAUCAAGUGAGGAACUUUUGAGCCUCUCGAUCAUCCUAACUUGUGUUCAGAUGUGUUCUAGCGCUCUCCUGGCCGAUGAGUUCCAGGUCACGUCAACGCCAUGGUCCUAUUUAGGUGACCGACAGCCGUGUUCAUUCUGGGACCAAACUGGUUGUCAAGCCGGGCAAUGCUGCGUCAAAGAGGUCAUCUCUUUUGAAGACCUGGACCGCAAUGUUCUAGCCAGCACCAUCUGCAAGCCCAGGUUGUCUUUGGGAGAACUUUGUCUGCGUCAGAGUGAAGGCUAUCUCUGUGACUGCUCUGCGGGACUUCAGUGCCAGUACACCAACAAUGAGACCUAUGGCCAUUGUGUUCCCUGAUAAACGUGUAACUAAGAUUUAGAUCUAUAGGGCUUGGGCCAACUAUAAUUCAUAGUCGACCUAACGAGAAAAGAGGAGCGCUGAACCUUUAGUUUGUCCUGUGUGUGUGGUGCUGAGUAACACUAGUCGUUUCAAAAUAGGAACACUGUCUAGUUAUGGUUCAUUCCAAAUGCGCUAUUGAACAAUGUGUACAUAUGAGAGCCGGAGGCAGAAGACUUUCUAAAUGAAUUGUUGCGUUGAUAGUAUCUCUAAUAUAACCAAACAUAUCAAUCAAUAUGUGACUAUAACCUGAUCUACCAUUAAGAUUAAGAUUAUCGUUAUUUCACAAAUCUAUUUGUAUCUAUCAAAUGUUUACUUAUUGUUUUAUCCCAUUUCGGACGACUUUUAAAGCUAGUAUCUGUGCAGUGUUGCAGUAUUGGUAGAGCAUCUUGACUAAAGAUCAAUGCAUGCUAAGACAAAUGUGAAUUUUUGAAUAAACGUCUGUAUUUUAUAAGAUAAGAUAAAGAGUCACAAAGUAAAUUCUCUUCUGGUAUAUAGCGCUAUAUCUCUCUUUCUAUCUCUCCCUCUCUCUAUACCCCUCUCUCUCUCUCUUUUUCUCUCUGGCCCUCUCUUUCCCCCCUCUCUGUCUCCUUUUCUCUCCCUCUCUAGCUUGUUAACUCUUAACCUGCUUACUAACAACCGACCACAAAGUCCCUACCCUAAUACUGUAGCGUCCUCAGUGUCUGCCCUAUAGACAAUGCUUUCAGUUCUAGAUACUUGUCUUGAUCAUUAACGUAAAUUCCUGGCUCCCAACCAUCAGUCAAGCCAUACAGUGGAAGAGUUUCCAAUGAGAGUUGAUAUACUUCCUUAGACAAUGUUUUUAAAAUACGAAUUCAUAAACCCAUUUCUUGAUAUAUAUAUAUAUAUAUAUAUAUAUAUAUAUAUAUAUAUAUUAUGUAAAUUUUUUUCAUCGUGAUUGACCUAGUUAAUAUUUUGGAUUAUGCAACUGACAUCUGCACGCAGACCCUCCUAAGUUACAACACAAACAAUGUCUACAACAUUAUCAUAGAAACUAAAUGUAAUAAUUAGACGCAGUAGCUCUUCAAAAGCUUCCGGGAAAACUUUGCUUCAACUUUCUUAUCAAAAGAAUGCGGAACAUUGUUGAAACCUUUGAUUUGAAAUAUACUUGCCUGGUACGUAUUGUAUGCUCUUCGGAUGGUCCUAACAAAGAUCCCAGUAUCGAACCCUGCCCGCAAACAUCUAGAUGUGCGAUAAGUAUACGAAUUAAUAUUUCAACUUGAAUUAAAUUCAUAUCAAUACAAUGUGAAAGUAAGCUGAAACAACUUGAAUUAAAUUCAUAUCAAUACAAUAUGAAAGUAAGCUGAAACAACUUGAAUUAAAUUCAUAUCAAUACAAUGUGAAAGUAAGCUGAAACAACUUGAAUUAAAUUCAUAUCAAUACAAUAUGAAAGUAAGCUGAAACAACUUGAAUUAAAUUCAUAUCAAUACAAUAUGAAAGUAAGCUGAAACAACUUGAAUUAAAUUCAUAUCAAUACAAUAUGAAAGUAAGCUGAAACAACUUGAAUUAAAUUCAUAUCAAUACAAUGUGAAAGUAAGCUGAAACAACUUGAAUUAAAUUCAUAUCAAUACAAUAUGAAAGUAAGCUGAAACAACUUGAAUUAAAUUCAUAUCAAUACAAUAUGAAAGUAAGCUGAAACAACUUGAAUUAAAUGUACAGUGACAAUAUUUAUUGGAAUGUCUACUUUGGUCAAAAUGUCUAGCAUGUAUGAAUAUAUAAAGUCAAUAAAAAAAUUAAUAACUUUU